CAACAGGUCCGCAACCAAGCAGACUUGUUUACAUGAGUGAGUCAACAUGUAGCCUACAGUAUGGGGAGAUCAGUGAGGAGUUGCAUGGUUACCAUUCAAUAACACUUCCAAGGAGGAGCCUCUGAUGAUGUGAUGGCACAGAUCUGGAUGCUUCUGGUCAUCUGUGGAACGCUUUCAGCAGCAUCUGUGGAGGGCAGUAUAGAGGUGAGUUGCAGAGAGGUGAGACGCACUGGCCAGAAUGUGAGUGUCACAUGCACCAUUGAUUACCUUGAAAUCCCUUCCUCGGAGAAGAAUUGUGGCUUUAGGUUUUUUUUCAUCAAUGAAGAUAAAUAUGGAUGUUGUCAGAAUGUCUGCAAAGAAGGUGUAUACAAAUGUAACACCUAUGUCAAAGAAAUACACACAUACAUCCUGAAUCCUCAACCAGAUAUUUAUGCAGUCAGUUUGCGGACAGACUGUGGUUCUGCAACUACAAACAUCAAUCUUACAGGACAUACCCCAGAUGCAACACCCCAACCACCCACAAGUACCAAUGUCCUAGGGAGUAUAGGGAUACAAGAGGGGGAUACACGCAUAGCUGCAGCUGGUGUUUUCAUCACUCUUGGUGUCGUUGUCCUGGUUGCACUUACUCUUAUUUAUAAGAGGAGACAGAACGGUCACUGCCCACGGAUGUCAUCGUCAACGGAGAUAGACCUGGACAAAGCCAACCAGUGCCAACCAGUGAUGCAGUCCAGUUGGCUGUAGUGAAUAUACUGUGACGUGGCCUAGUAGUUAGCUGUAGUGGGUGUACUGUGAUCAACCCCACAUGUUAACACGUAUCCUUGCCUAUUUUAAGUGGGUAUACGGAGAUGGUGAUGCUUUUUAAGUGGGUAUACUGUGUAGUCCUGCGUUUCACGUAGACUACACACCACUGAUGUCAACACAAUUUACAGUAAUCAAGUCUGAAAACUGUAUCUGUAGAAUGCACCAACCUGGAAACAGAAUGGUGAUACACAGGUGAAGGGACAAGUACAGGUGCAUAUCAAAAAUGAGAAUAUCAUGAAAAGCUAUUUUUUUUCCCCGUGAUUUAUUUCAAAAGGUGAAACUUUCAUAUAAUCUAGAAAUAUUUCAAGCCUUUUUAGUUUUAAUCUUAAUUAUUCUAAUCUUGAUGAUUACAGUUUUGCAGCUCAUGGAAAUCAGAAAUCAGUAGGCUAUACCAAAAAUAUUAGGAUUAAGAAAUUAUAAGAAAUGUUGACUUGAAAAGAGGUCUAAUCAGCUACGUAUGUCCAAAUACCAGCACCUGAGCCUUUAAUUUCUUUAAUGGGCAAGGCAAUGGACUUUUCCAUGAUAUUCUAAAUGCUUGAGAUGCACCUGUACACUCCAACUGCCCCUUUUGUGAUAGUAACUGGCUUUGGUGAAUGUGCAAAAAAUCUGACACACUGCUUCACCCUGAAAUGACUUAAUUGAGAACUGUGACGUUUUGAGCCACAGAGCUCUUCACCAGACACUAGCCCAAGUCAAAUGAGCGAGAGAGUAAUAAGUAGAAUAUAUAAAGAACAUUUGAGAUAUAUUUCUCAAAUAUCUCCAGAAUUGAAUGUGGCCAAACCUUGAUAAAGAUAUUAAAAAACAUAGUGGUUUUAAGCACAGACAGGGUUUAUACGGGUACUGUCCUAGUUCACUUAAAGCCUUCCUUACACUGACAGACUUUGACAAGAUUUGGGAAAGAUUCUUGAAAGAUUGUAGUCUCUCAACUUAUGCCCCUCAUCCAAGCUUUACUCAAAAGACAAUCUUUCAAGAAUCUUUCCCAAAUCUUGUCAAAGUCUGUCAGUGUAAGGCAGGCUUAAUUUGACCACAAUUGCUUUGGGUUGUAAUCAAAGACUCCUAAAUGCAUACAUGUGGCCUGGAAGAUGCACCCUGGGUAGGGUUGAGCUGAUCUUGUUUACAACCAAAAGGCUGUCGCAGGAGAAGCAUUCCGAAGCGUUCACCAUUGUGCCUGUUGAACAAGAUAUUGAUGCAAUAACACAGAAAACAGCGAUUAAGAUAUUUGUUGAGAAGAAGGAAGUAUUUGGUUGUUAUCCCUGCAGGAUUCACAUACAGUAUGUCAUUGCUCUGAUUGAUUAUGUCCAGAGCCAUAUAGAUACCAUAUAGAUAUCUAUAUGGCUCUGAUUAUGUCUAUCCAAUGGUGUGCAAAACAUUCUCCCCUGCAUCGUUGAAACACGCCCCAUAAUCAAGUCCAAAUGACUUGGUACCAUUCUGUAUAGAAAUCAAGUCUAAAUAAUUCAGCUAUCGUCACCUCCAGACUAAUUUACAGGGGCCCAUUGAUUACAAUACACUGCACUUGUCAUCAAGUUCAGCUACAUCCCCCGGUCGUUCCUCUAGCUCUCCAUCCAGAGUUCUUCUGACUACUGGCUCUUUAAAUAGGGAACAUAGUGGCUGAAACCCAGCUGUGCUGAGUACAUACAUCAGGGGGACCUGGAGAGGGGAGGUAAAAAUUCAACUAUCUUCUCAGGAUAUGGGGACCCUACCUUUAAUGUAUUUUAACUAGUUUCCUUUCAUUGGGUAAACAAGGUGCAAAAAAAUAUAGAAAUACUGUGAUGAUAUGUAACAAGCUAUUAUUUUUAUACCUUUCAAAGUUGUUUUACUUAAUAAUUGUUUUACGUUAAUCUGGCAGCUUUUCCUAUGUCUGUGUGUACCCACCCAACCCUAUGAGCUUGGGGCUGCUGACCAUUUCUUUUACACAUCUGAAUGAGCUGUAAAUUGAGGAAUCAAGGUGAUUAAAUAAAUAAAGGAUGCCAAUCAAACAUCUUCACAUAUUGUUGACAUGAGGUACUAGAGUAGUAAUUCCACAGCUAAAGGAUUGCUGGUUUGAUUCUAGCUGCCCCAUUCCAUGUCUCCUUGAAGUGUCCAUUUUGCCACUUUGCCGGUGUUCUGUCACUGACUGACCUCUGACGGUGGCGCUCUGUAAAUCAUAGGUGUUUUGGGCUGAGCACGGCAGCGAGCACAACUUACAUUUUUGGGUUAUUACCUCAAACAAGAGCCACCUAGUGGUGAGCACAGCGCAUACCGCUUACAGUGUGAACCCGGCUUCACUCACUGGAAUGAAGAUGGAUACCGAGGCUGUCAGAACACAUGCGUGACCCACACCACCGCUACUGCCACACGCACGGUGCACUGUGCGUACAGCAGGGCACCAAGGGAUAAUGGAGGCACUAACAUUUAGAUUUAGCCAAUAAAUAUAGUUAGGCUAUAUUGAUAGAUGUAUCACAUAGUGGUAAAAAAAAUAUGUACAUUCUCUCCACAAAAA